AUGACACCAAGAAAGUUAUUGCUCUGCCUUCUCUUUGGAUUCGAAAUAUGUCCAUCAAAAUGCAAAGAUUCCUACGUGGAUCGUGUAUGUGGCGAAGAUCAAAAGAAUCUAUGGUUGGAUAUUGUCUGUGUAGUGGAUAAUUCAGCUGGAAUGACCAAUGUCGCUGCGUUGAUUUCGUCACUUUUCGUUGAUGGCCAACAACUGGGAAUUCAACCGAACAACCCUAGAACCACAAGAGUUGGAAUUGUAACUUAUAACCAAGGAGCACAUGUCAUUGCCGAUUUAAACAACUUCACUUCUGUUGAUGAACUCAUAGAUAAAACAUUCCGUGUUUUGAAUCAAGUGUCAACGUCAUCUGAUUCAUACUUGCAUGCUGGAUUAGAAGCAGCGAAUGAUCUUCUAGAACAACAAAGUUUCAAUACUGCAAGAGGACAUUAUCAAAAAUUGGUUAUUGUAUACACCUCCGAAUACAAAGGAACAGGAUCACAGGAUCCACUUCCAUUGGCCACUCGUAUGAAGCAAACCGUUUCAAUUGCUACAGUCGCUUACAAUCGAGAAGAUGAUCUUGGAGUCCUUUCUGAACUUACAAAAAUAGCGACGCCCGGAUAUAACUUUACAAAUGAUGAGGAUAUUGUUGCAGAAUUGAGAUCAGCCAUGCUCCAAGUCAAUUGUUACUGUCCAAAUGGAUGGUUCCAAAUGCGACAGAGCUAUGCAAAUGAGAAUUCAUUGAAGUACGGUGUCUGCCUUCUUCCAGUCACAUUACAAGCCACGUGGCUUGCAUCGAAGUUCUCAUGCAGAAAUCACUGGAACAACGGGUUCCUGGUAAACGAAUACACUCAGAUGAAACACGAUUAUGUUCUAGAAGUCGUUAGAAAUAAUACUGCGUUCAAACAGCCAUACAUGUACUUCAUCGGUCUAUCGUAUUCGAAUGGGAAUUGGCAAUGGAACAGCCAAAUGGAAUGGAUCCAAUUGUGUUUAAAAACUGGAAUGCCUGGAAUCCCGGAUUCCCCACUGCUUCAUCAACAGCGAUUGUUGUUGUGA